AUGAGUGAGACUGAGGCUGAGGUCGACGAAAGUGCCCAUACUGAGGAUGUUUACGGACGCCUUUGCUCAUGCGUUUCCUGGUACAUCAAGCACUCAAGCGUGGCCCUGACAGCCUAUUGGCGAAGCUUAGGGCUUCUUGUCAGCAAAGCAGCCCUCCCAAAGGACCCCGUCAUCUCUUCCGCGCUUCAUGGUAUGAUGGGCUUGCCCACCCCUGAUCAACGCGCUACCGGCGCAGCUCCUGGGCCUCUAUUGGCGAGACAGACCUCCAAUGAGAUUUUGUCACAUGAUUCAUCCAGCAGACUCGACGAAGAAGACAGCCCACACAAGGAGCACGUUCUACCAUAG